CGCGAGGAGCCGGCGGAACACCGCGCGCUGGGGCUCAGCCAGCCGCCGCUCUUGGCGCCCCCCUCGCCCCUGCCCUUCGCGGCCCCCGGCAGCCUCCAGCGUCGACCCCCAGGCAGCAUGGUGAGGUUUGCAGUCGGGCCCUCGCCACCAUGUACGUGAGCUACCUCCUGGACAAGGACGUGAGCAUGUACCCCAGCUCCGUGCGCCACUCUGGCGGCCUCAACCUGACCCCGCAGAACUUCGUCAGUCCCCCGCAGUACCCGGACUACGGCGGCUACCAUGUGGCGGCAGCGGCCGCGAACUUGGACCCCGCGCAGUCCCCAGGGCCGUCCUGGCCCGCGGCGUACGGAGCCCCGCUCCGGGAGGACUGGAACGGCUACGCGCCGGGGGGUGCCGCCAACGCCGUGGCCCAUGGCCUCAACGGUGGCUCUCCGGCCGCCGCCAUGGGCUACAGCAGCCCCGCCGACUACCACCCGCACCACCACCCACACCACCACCCGCACCACCCGGCCGCCGCGCCUUCCUGUGCCUCGGGGUUGCUGCAGACGCUCAAUCCCGGCCCUCCCGGGCCAGCCGCCACCAACGCCGCCGAGCAGCUGUCCCCGGGCGGCCAGCGGCGGAACCUGUGCGAGUGGAUGCGGAAGCCCGCGCAGCCGUCUCUGGGAAGCCAAGUGAAAACCAGGACAAAAGACAAAUACCGAGUGGUGUACACGGAUCACCAGCGGCUGGAGCUGGAGAAGGAGUUUCACUACAGCCGUUACAUCACCAUCCGGAGGAAGGCCGAGCUGGCUGCCACACUGGGGCUCUCCGAGAGGCAGGUUAAAAUUUGGUUUCAGAACCGUAGAGCGAAGGAAAGGAAAAUCAACAAGAAGAAGUUGCAGCAGCAACAGCAGCAGCCGCAGCCCCCGCCGCCGGCGCCACAACCCCCCCAGCCACAGCCAGGCCCUCUGAGAAGCGUCCCUGAGCCCCUGAGUCCUGUGUCUUCCCUGCAAGGCUCGGUGCCUGGCUCUGUCCCUGGGGUUCUGGGGCCCGCUCCGGGGGUGUUAAAUCCCACUGUCACCCAAUGACCUACAGUGGCCCUCAGCAGCACAACAAUUCAGGCUGAAGUCGCCAAGAGCAUAGACUCUGCUAGAAUCCUCAGGAGAGACCCCUUCCUCCCCCUCCCCCUCCCCACCAAUGUACACCAACUCACCUAGCCCUCAGAGGAAAAACGGGGGCCAGGAGUAAGGAUGGGGGGGGGUGUUGGAGGCCUCAAGGAAGACAUUCUCCCAGAUUUUGACUUUCUCUGGUCUGACUUUCUGCCAGUCAGGAGAUGGGAUAUGGAAACUGGGGCUUCAUUUCAUACUGGCUGGACUGGCUAAACAGACCGGGCUUUCAGCCCCUACCACCCUAACUCUUGGCCUCCAAAAUCUGCAGGACACACCUCUGGUUGAAGCCGAAUGGAGACAGCAACUCAGGGGAAGCCUAAGGCUUGGAGCCAAGAUGGCUACUGCCUACUCACUGCCAUCCAAGGGCCAGCAGCGGGUCCCUCCUGCUCAACAGCAGGCAAGAUUCUGUGACUGCAGAUGUCACAGGCGGCCAAGACAGAAACCUGGACCCACCAAAGACUGCAAACUCCCCGGGUCUUUGUCUUUCGUCUCUUCCCAUCCCAGACCAGGAAAGACUUGACGGGUGUAUGCGCGGAAGAUGGGGUGAGAGGCGUGGUUGUUGGACUCCAGGCCUGACAAGAGGGCCCAGGACAGGGCCCUUGUUUAGAAAGCCUGUCACCAGAGCUCCUCUGGGCUAAAUGUAUGUCGGCGCUAUAAAUGCCAGAGCCAACCUGGACUUCCUGUCAUUUUCACAAUCUUGGGGCUGAUGAAGGGGAGUUUUUGUUGUUGGUCUGUGUCACAUCCAAGCCAGCAUUUAAAAAGCUUUCUGGGUCCAUGGGGGAGAGAAGUGGUAUGGUGAAGGGAAGUGGGGGGGUAUUUGAACACAGCUGAAUUUAUUCUGAAAAGGAAAAAAAAAAAAGAGAUAAA